AUGACUGAAGCAAAAAAACAUGUUAUUGUGAAGCCUUUCGACAAGGUUGAACUCCGUUUACCUGUCGAAGUGUUAAUGUCUAAUCCUACAUAUAAGAAACGAAGAGAUUUGUUUCUUCAAGGUUUUGCUGUGGUUCAAAGUCGUGAUGCCAGUGAUCCUAAAUCUUUUUAUGCAGUUGCUGGUAUUCAUGGUCUUCCUUACGCACCUUAUGAUCUAUUGCCUGGUGAAAAAAUGUCACCUAGUGAUUGGAACAAGAGUGAAACUACUCGCUGGGGUGGCUAUUGCCAUCAUGGUGAUAUACUUUUCCCUACUUGGCAUCGACCAUAUGUUUUAUUACUCGAAAUGCUUAUUUAUGAAGCAGCUAGGAAUAUUAUAUACGAUGACAAAGCUCAAAAUUAUCCAGCAGGUUCAGAAACUGAUGAAUAUAAAAAAGAAGUUGAAAAAAUUCGAUUGCCUUACUGGGAUUGGGCCAGUCCAUCUACACUUACUAAUGGUGUACCCUCAGUCUUAUUUGAUGAAUAUGUUUAUAUUGAUAACCCUACUCAAAAAAAUGUUCGAGCUCGAAAUCCUCUUCGUGCAUACACUUUACCAGUAGAUCUUGGAAGCUUAACACUUGUUGGUGAUGUGUCUAAUCCAACGCAAAGACCAUAUAGUCCAGAUGGAAGCACUACUCCUUAUACACCAAAAGGAUAUGCAACAGUCAGACAUCCUGAUAGCAAUUAUAUUUCUAGUCCAGAUACAACCGGCCUUAAUGUUGUAACUUUCUGUAGUUCUGUAUUUCGACCAGUUCUUUAUCAAGUUUUAUUUGUUAAUAAAUGGCGUCAAUUCAGUAAUCAUGGUGAUGGUGAGAAUGAACCUAAGGAUGAAAAUUAUGGUCAUUAUUCAUCAAUUGAAGUUGUUCAUGACGCUGUUCAUGAUUCAUUGGGAGGGGCUGGUGGUCAUAUGUCAUAUGCUGACAUUGCUGGUUUUGAUCCCAUAUUUUUCCUUCAUCAUUGUAAUGUGGAUCGACUUAUUGCUAUUUGGCAGGCAUGUCAUCCUGAUAUUUGGAUCAUUGGAAAUUCAUACACUGAAGGCACAUUCACUCAGCCAGUUGAUAAAAAUAUUGAUGAAAAUACUGAUCUUACACCAUUCAGAAAAAGUGAAACAACUUAUUGGACCUCAAAAUUAGUGAGAAAUAUUAAAACUCUUGGAUAUACUUACCCUGAACUUGAAAAAAAUUCUCAACCACGCGAACUUUUACGUGGUAUGCUUAGUUAUUAUCAUCCAACCUUAUACCUGCAAUAUCAUUGGAGGCUUACCUUAACUGUUAUGAAAAAUAAAGUUGGAGCUCCAUUUCAAAUUCGUGUUUUUCUUGAUUUACCAACCGCGAACGCUUCAACCCCUAUCAGCAGUCCAAAUUUUGCUGGUCUUAUAUCAAUUUUUGCUCGUGGCAAAGAAACACAAUGUGCUAACUGCUUACGCAAUUUUAACGCGGUGGUAAAUGGUAAUGUUGACCUUACUUCAUGUAUGGAAAGGUUAUUUAUUGAUACAAAUCCGGAACCUAGUGGUGAUGUGGUUGCAAAAAGCUUGGAACCCAGUCAAAUCACUCUCGUUCCCGUUUUAAAAGAUGGAAGUGGAAUCAGUCUUGAACAAGCCGGUUUAAUUUCCGCUCAGUAUUGGGUAUUUGAUGAAGGUCCUGAAUUUGACCUAGAUUACGAAAAUUGGACCAAGAAAUUAAUGGGACAGGUCUAUCCUCCGCAAACGAGCCAGUAA